AAUAGUGUCAACUUGUUUAAUCAACAAUGUUCUCUGUUUACAAAUUGUAAAAUGUAAUUAAUAAAGUUACAUGUUUUCCCUUGGCUUUUUGGUAGUCAUCAUAAUUAGUGAAAUUUAAACAUUCAAAGAUUGUAUUAUUUGAUUUUAAAAAGAUUCUCAAUUUUUGGACAAUUAUUAAAAAUGAGGGUCUUCUUAGCGGAAGAUAAUCUUUGUGCCCAAAACCUCUUAAGAAUAGUAGCUCACGGCAAUGCUAUUUUGGCAGAGAUAUUAAGACUUAAAGAUCAUAUUCCGAUUAUGUAUAUGUUGGAAACUAAAGAAAUUCAGCAGAGAUAUCAAGAUGUUAUUAUGGAUUUUAGUUAUUUCAAACUAUCUGAUACAUUAGAAAUGAAAAUUUCCUCAAAUAUUAAAUUGCAAGAUUUAGAUGAAGACUUAAAAGAACAAUACCUUGAACUUAUUACAAGAUUUUACUUAUUAUUUGAAAACAUUUAUACAUUUAUAAUGGAUUUAAAUACUUUUGUGGAACAGUUACGUGAUAGUGCUUUCAUUCAGCAAUCAAUGGAUACUAUUUUGAGAGAUGUUGAAGGAAAGCAACUAUUGUGUGAAUCUUUGUACCUUUAUGGUGCAAUGUUGUUAUUAUGUGAUUUAUACAUACCUGGUGCUGUUAGAGAGAGAUUAUUAGUAGCAUUUUAUCGGUAUAGUACUAAUCAAUCACAGUCUAAUGUAGAUGAUGUUUGCAAGCUAUUGAGAGAUACAGGCUAUAAUCAAUUACAUGGCAAGAGGCCCUCUGAGUAUCCUGUGGAGUAUUUCAGUCGAGUACCAGUCCAUCCAGACUUUAUCGAGAAAGUUGUGGGGAAGUUGAGGUCAGAGGAUAUUUAUAACCAGCUUGCAGUUUACACAAUUCCUGAACACCAGGCAUCUGCGCUGGCCCCUCAGGCUUCCAUGUUGGUAGUUUGUCUAUUUUUUGCACCACACUACCUGCAUGUGGAUACCACUAAAAUGAGAGAAAUUGUUGAUAAGUUUUUCCCAAGCAAUUGGAUUGUCCCUAUCUAUAUGGGAGUAACAAUAAAUGUUUUUGACUACUGGGAUAAUUUUAAGGCUGCUAAAGCUAGUCUUAGCAAUACUUGCAAUAAUAAAACCAUUAAAGAAUUAUUUUCAAAGAGAGGUAGUUCUGUGCCAUUGCUCAUAACUAAAACUCAACAACUCCUUAAAGAGGGAACAUUAACUGAUGAUUUUGUCCUGGACAACACAAGCAAAAUUUUAAAUGUAAUACUUAAUUCUAACCAUGUUUUACGUCUUCUAUUGUUACAUACCACAGAUGUUAUAUUUUUUGAUAACAAUAGAAAGAGUAAACAAAUGCGAGAAUUAGUCAUAAAAGAAACAAAUUAUGACCCUUCGCAAUUGUUAGAAUUGCUUAUAAGAACUGCAGAAUUGGAGUUAAAAGUAAGAGAGUUCUUAAAGAAGUUACUUGACACAAGAAAUGAAAGCUGGAACAUAAACAAAAAUAUUGCACUAGAAUCAUUAAAUAACUUGUCAGAACUUUUUACGGGCAACAAAUCAUAUACAAAAGUUGCUGAAAAUGAACAAUUAAAGUUAUGGUUUGAUAAUAUUGCUAAACAACUUUCAUCAAUAAGUGACAACAUAACUUCAAAAUCCAUUAAAAAGGUAACCAAAUUAAUUCAAGCCUUAGAUGAAGUGGAGGAAUUUCAUGGUAUAAAGACUACUCCUACAGUAGUUCAGUUACUAAAUGAAACUAAAGAUGCUCUAAAAAAUAUUCUAAGAGUUUCAGCGUUAAAAGAAGAUUCUUUAGUCACUUUAGAGACAGUAGCAGAUUUUAGCUAUGCUUGGUGUACUAUUGAUCUAUAUACAAAACAUAUGCAAAGUCGUAUUAAAGAAAAUCCAGCAGUGACCAGUCGAUUACGAGCAUUGUUUUUAAAAUUAGCUAGUGCUAUGGAGAUACCUCUUCUACGAAUUAACCAAGCAGCAAGUGAAGACUUGGUCUCUGUCUCUCAAUAUUACAGCAAUGAACUGAUCAAAUACAUUCAGAAAGUUUUACAGAUUAUCCCAGAAAUGGUUUUCAGUUUAGUUGAAAAAAUAAUUGAGUUGCAAACAUGGUCAAUUAAGGAAGUGCCAACAAGAAUUGAUAAGGAUAAAUUAAGGGAUUAUGCACAGCUUGAUCAUAGAAUGGAAGUAGCUAGACUGACCCAUUCUGCUUCAACUUUUACCAGUGGUAUUUUGGAUAUGAGAUCAACAUUGGUAGGGGUAAUUCGAGUAGACCCUGCAGAAUUACUAGAAGAUGGUUUACUACGAGAGUUAGACAGGCAUGUUAGAAGAAAGUUUGUUGAAUAUCUCGAACCACAAGUUAAAAAGCCUAAUAAUUUAGUCUCAAGGCUUCAAAAACUGGCAGAGAGUAUGGAAGGUUACAAAAGGUCUUUGGAAUACAUCCAGGAUUACAUAAAUAUGCAUGGUUUAAGGAUAUGGCAAAAACAGGUUUCCACUCUUAUCAAUGAGAAUGUCGUAAAAGAGAUAAGUGCUCGAAAGGGAGUGGCACUGCAUGGUCCAUCAGCAGGAUUUAUGGGGAGUCUUGCUAAGCAAAUUGUACAACAAACUGAUGCCAGAUUGUGUACAUAUAUAAAUAUAUGUGCAGCAUGGUUUGACGUCAAGACCUAUACUGAAGUUAUAAAUAAUAAAACAUUUUCGAAACUAAAUGACGCGAUAGGAGUAGUAGGUCUACAUGGUUUGGAUACAUUAUAUGGUUACAUGAUAAAAAAUCAACUUCAACAUAUUCAACAUAUACUCCGAACAAGUCAAGAUAAAAUUUUAAUUAGUGAUAAAAAUAUAGAUCUGAAGGAAAUAGAGCAAACUAUUGUGAAAAAUCAAAAGCAUAUACUACAACUAGCGGAUAUACUACUUGCAGUAGGUGCACUGCAAUUGCUAAGAAAGCACAUCGCUUACCAGUUGAAUACAACCUGUAAAUUUGAUUCAGCUCAUUUAGAAGCUUCACUUAGAACAAUGAAUGAAUGCUUGAUACACGAAAUUAAAACGUCUCGAGAUCCUCAAGUGAAUUGUAAUUCACUGAUACAGGAGUUGGAAGAGUAUUUAGUAAGGUGUGGACUUACAGAUCCUUACAAGAAGGUAUAUUUAAAAAGCCCACCUGAAUUUAACAACAUAGAUUUGGGACAGCUGUUAGCUAUAAUUGUCAUAGCACAGCUACCUAGACUACAUUUAUGUGCAACCACAGGUGAUUUAAUAACUAAAAAACACGGAGAAAAUAUAGAUGGAUAUCCAUUGCUGAUUGGUACAUACACUCUGCUAAGGCAAUCCAAAUUAGAAAAUGUAGAUGUCUUUGUCAACUUUUUGUGUAAAUAUGUGAAAGUGUUGACUCUCAACAAGAUUAAGUCAGCAGAGUCUACUAGUGAAGGUUUAAUGUUAACGAGACUUUUACAAAUCUUAUGUGAAGCCUUUGGAUAUCCUUUUGCAAAAUUAGAAGAUGAUCUGCCCCUAGGUCUCAUUAAUUAUUCAGGGCAAAAAUAAUUGUUAUUGUUUUUAUAUCACAUAUAUUAUUAUUCAUUCAUACAUAUAAAGAUCUAAAUAUUUAAAUGAUUUUUUUAUUACACUUUAUAAAGCUGGAUUUACUUCGUUUCAUUCAUCCAUUCAUUCAUGUCUCGCCUAUUAUUUCGCAGUGAGGAGGGGGAUGGUAUUUUGGGUUUCGUAAAUAGAGUCCAAAAGGUGAGUAAAGGAAAAAUCAGGCUAUUCCAGUCUUAACAUUCGAAAUAAUUAUCAACGGCAUCUAGUUACUGUUUAAGCGGCCCGUUCGUAACAGUGACUUGGCGCUUUUGGGUCAAGAACUAGUGGCAAUGGUAGUCCUGGUGAGGUGGAAGUUUGUGGACGCCAUACUUGAAUAUAGUCGCCGUUUGGACCCUUAUCUCUGAUUUUUAAGGCGUAUUCUUGCGCAGAAAAUCAGCUUACCAGAAGUUGGUCUCGGUCUCCAACUUUCUUACUACGAAAAAUCGAUGGCCCGCCAAAACGAUGGUAGAUAGAAGGAGGGUGCUCAAACAUUUUUCUGUACGCUCACGAUCUAUAUUUAACAACUUUUAUUAUUGCCAAUUUUGAAAAAAUAAGAUUAAAUAUUGAAUUGCCGCCAACAUUAUAGAAAUAGGCGAGAAAUAAAUUUUAUUCUCUAAUUACAAAAAAAGAACGAGCUAUGGAUGUUAUUUUUAAAUAUUCUAAUUAUGCGUCCAAGCGGUCAGAAAAUAAACUCCAACACGUGUAAGACUCAUUUUGUAAUCAAAAGUAUUUUUUGUGUUCUCGUUCAUCUGAAAUCGGCUAUCAUAAACAUAUUUAACUUUUAAGGUUAUCAUAUUUAAUUAUAUAAUUAGAUAUUUUCUGAGGUUAAUUUGGGUUGGGUGCGAUUCCAUUGAAAGGCACCGUAUGUGUUGGUGGAAACUGGAUUUUUAUCUUGGUUAGUUUCUGGUCUAGAUAAAUAAAAGUUAAAUAUGUUUAUGAACAUUAAUUGUGUUGAAGUUAUAAUUUCUUAAUUCAUAAGAAGUGUUUCUAAUUAUUUGACCACCAUUGUGUGUAUC